GGACAGGGCUAUGUAGCCCGAAUCACCUUAAAAGAAACAGGCGGGUAGGCGAUGCCUCCAUCCCUGACACAGGUCUGGAAGUUGGACGCGCUGCGUGCGUCAUGUGCUCUGGCUGCAGAACUGAGCAGACUCCCAUUCUAGUUCUCACAAGCUGAGAGACACCGCGAGGAGCGAUUUAUUUCAUUUAUAGACAGACUCGGGCCCGAAUCCCAGGGAAACAGUCAGUCCCCUCCCUUUCAUCCUGUCACCAUCCAUUCACCGAUCCAUCGAUCCAUCCUGUCCGUUCGUCCCUCUCUCCCUCCCCUUGGGGGCUGCCGGACGAGCAGAGAAGAGAAGAGGCCGUGAGGAACGGACUACUCCAAUGAGAGAGAGAGAGGGAGAGAGCGAGAGGUACGAAGGACGCUCUGCCAGGACAUUUGAGCUCAUCGGUGCGGACGAAGGUAGACUUUUUUCUUUAAAGGCGGGAAUGGUGAUGGACUUUCGUACUGCUACACCUAGAAUGGCCAAACCAAGAUCAUGAGAGGGUGUAAAGCGGCGGAGAAGCGACCGUCUUACCCUUGUCUUUGACGCCGUCGCUCGCGUGUCCCUUGCUCGGCUUCUGGAUGGCCACGCAGGUGAGGGAUAGAAGAUGAUGGGUGCUGAUGAAAUCGUUUGAGAAAAUUAUUCCACCUAAGCUACGGAGUAAGACAGCAUUGACACCGAUGAUUCACGGAAAAACGGUAUUUGUUCUGUCUCAUUUCUGCCUUCUGAAAUUUCACAUUCUGAAAUAAGGCUCGUGAAUAGCAAAUGUCACAUUUUUCCGGUCCAAAGGUUUGUCGGAGUGUACUGGUAAAACAACUGUAAGGUGGCUGGAGCCACGUUAUUACCACACACUGUACCAAACAUUGCGGAUGUUUCAGAAAUAAAUAAAUAAUAGUAGCUUUUCCAUUUCAAUGCCUUUAAGUCUGUGGAAACGCGACUAUUUCCAAAAUGCCGACCUGAACGCCAGUGACUGUCGUGGAUAGCUGUAAGCUGUUUUAUUAUUUAUUUAUUUAUUUUUAUUUUAACAAUCUUAUUUAUCGAGGCCUGUGUUAUACUCGGUGCGUUAACGUUGUCAGAGCAAAGACAUGAAACGUCCAGCAAGGUGCAGGAAGCUCGGGUGCGCUCUGAGGCAGGCAUGUACCGUAGGCAACAUGAAACAUUCAUGUUAACUCGCUACAGUCUCACCAUGAUUUCAUGUUGGGUGCGAACCCUGCUGUAUAUGGACAUAAGAGUGGACAAAGACUGAGAAACCCCACAGCACUACCCUACAGUGCAACCAGUCAGCCAACCGACCACACAUUUAAUUUCCUCACACCCACAAUUGGCCGUUGGCAGAGACGCACAGAAAAGGAGACAGUACAUGGGCGUCCUCGUCUGCUAAAACCAAGAGCUGCAAAACUGCUCGCCGGGUGCAGGUGUUCAGCAUAAGCUUACAAGACAACCCGUUGUGCAUAUGAGACGUUCUGAUCCAGAUGGGAUGUAAUGUUGUGUGGUUGCACAGCUGAGCAUUGGUCUCCUUCUCCGCUGCUUCGUGAAGAUUGGCUUUUGGUGUCCAGAGAAUGGCGCGGUUCGGAGACGAGGUACCAGCCAGGUAUGGCGGUGGGCCUGGCGGAGGAGGCCCGGGAGGCCGGGGUGGUAGCAGGCAAGGAGGACCCCAUGGACACGGCCACGGACACGGUCAUGGGCAUGGCCACGGGCAUGGCCACGGCCCACCUGGAGGGCCCGGGGCCCAGAGAAUGUAUAAGCAGUCUAUGGCGCAGAGAGCCCGGACAAUGGCACUGUAUAACCCCAUCCCCGUACGCCAGAACUGUUUCACUGUCAACCGUUCGCUGUUCAUUUUCAGCGAGGACAACUUCGUGAGAAAAUACGCCAAAAAGAUCACCGAAUGGCCUCCAUUUGAGUGGAUGAUUCUAGCCACCAUCAUUGCCAACUGCAUUGUCCUGGCUCUGGAACAACAUUUGCCUGAUGGGGACAAGACGCCGCUCUCAGAACGCCUGGAUGAUACAGAGCCGUAUUUCAUAGGAAUCUUCUGUUUUGAGUCGGGAAUAAAGAUCCUGGCGCUUGGUUUUGCCUUCCACAAGAACUCUUACCUGAGAAACGGAUGGAACGUGAUGGACUUUGUCGUAGUGCUCACAGGAAUUCUAUCCACUGUGGGCUCACAAUUCGACUUGCGGACACUCAGGGCUGUGCGAGUAUUGAGGCCUCUCAAACUGGUGUCCGGUAUUCCCAGCUUACAGGUGGUGCUCAAAUCCAUCAUGAAGGCCAUGAUUCCUCUGCUGCAAAUUGGCCUGCUGCUCUUCUUUGCCAUCCUCAUGUUCGCCAUCAUCGGCCUUGAGUUCUACAUGGGCAAAUUCCACAAAACCUGCUUCGACAACAUAACAAAAGAGAUCCGGGAAGAGUUUCCAUGUGGGGUAGAGCCUCCAUCUCGGCUGUGUCCAGGGGACACCGUUUGUAGAGAGUACUGGCUGGGACCAAACUACGGCAUCACCCAGUUUGACAACAUCCUGUUUGCUAUUCUCACCGUUUUCCAGUGUAUCACCAUGGAGGGCUGGACUGACCUGCUCUACUAUAGCAACGAUGCCUCAGGGAGUGCAUGGAACUGGAUGUACUUCAUCCCCCUCAUCAUCAUCGGCUCUUUCUUUAUGCUCAACCUGGUGCUGGGUGUGUUGUCGGGCGAGUUCGCCAAAGAGAGAGAGCGUGUGGAGAACAGGAGUGAGUUUCUGAAGCUCCGAAGACAGCAGCAGAUUGAAAGGGAACUUAACGGUUACCUGGAGUGGAUCUGUAAAGCUGAAGAGGUCAUCUUGGCGGAUGAUGAGAAUGAAAAUGAAUAUGAUGGUUCUCGUAGGAGAGCCACAAAGAACCACAAAAGCAAAGCUGAGCUUCUAAAUUCAGAGGAAGGGGAGGGAGACCUGGGAGUAGGUUCACCGUUUGCUCGUGCCAGCUUGAAGAGCUCCAAGCUGGAGGGAUCGACUUUCAAGCGUCGGGAGCGGCGGUUUCGCUUCUUUAUCCGUCACGUUGUUAAGUCCCAGGGCUUCUACUGGACCGUGCUGUGUUUGGUGGGCCUCAACACGCUGUGUGUGGCUGUUGUGCACUACGACCAGCCUGAACCACUUUCAGAUUUUCUGUAUUAUGCCGAAUUCAUCUUCCUGGGAAUAUUCUUGACAGAGAUGUUUGUAAAACUGUACGGUCUGGGCAGACAGGCCUACCUCAAUUCCUCCUUCAACUGCUUCGACUGCAUUGUGAUAUGUGGUAGCAUAUUUGAAGUCCUUUGGUCCAUCAUCCAACCGGGCACAUCGUUUGGCAUCAGUGUGCUACGAGCUCUCAGGUUAUUGAGGAUCUUCAAAGUCACCAAGUACUGGGCGUCUUUGCGUAACCUCGUCGUGUCUCUGCUCAAUUCCAUGAAGUCCAUCAUCAGCUUGCUCUUCCUGCUCUUCCUCUUCAUAGUCGUCUUUGCGCUGCUGGGCAUGCAGCUCUUCGGAGGACAGUUUAAUUUUGAAAAUGGCACCCCUCCAACCAACUUCGAUACAUUUCCCGCAGCAAUAAUGACGGUGUUCCAGAUCCUGACCGGCGAGGACUGGAAUAUGGUGAUGUAUGAUGGCAUCAAAUCUCAGGGUGGAGUCAACAAGGGCAUGGCCUUCUCCGUCUUCUUCAUUGUACUCACGCUUUUUGGCAACUACACUCUGCUGAAUGUGUUCUUGGCCAUCGCUGUGGACAAUCUGGCCAACGCACAGGAACUGACCAAGGAUGAACAGGAAGAAGAGGAAGCUGCCAAUCAGAAGAUUGCCCUGCAGAAAGCCAAGGAAGUGGCUGAAGUUAGCCCACUAUCUGCUGCAAACCUCUCCAUUGCAGCCAACAAAGUACACAGUGAGUGUCACAACGCUUCUGACCCCUUUCUGGACUGCAAGGAGCAGCAGAAGAACCACAUUAAGGGAGUCAGCAAGUCAGUGUGGGAGCAGCGCACCAAGGAGCUGAGGAAGCAGACUCUGGCAUCCAGCCGCGAGGCCCUCUAUAACGAAUUGGACGCAGAUGACCGCUGGAAGGCAAGGACAGGGAGGGAGGAGCACAACAAUGUCAACUAUUCACGUCACAUCCGUCCAGACAUGAAGACCCAUCUUGAUCGACCCUUAGUGGUGGACCCCCAUGAAAAUCGUAAUAACAACACAAACAAGACAACUGGCAACAACUCAGACUUCUGUGUCAGCCAGCACCAUCCUGAGCACCAUGGCCAAGUGGGAGGGGAUGGUGGAGGAGGUUCAGGUCCACCCAGACCUCCCAUGGAGCGGGGAGAAUCCACGGAGAGUAGACGGAGCCGCAAAAGUGAGCAUCACCACAGCUCUCAUGUCCGUCUGGAUGCUACAGUGAUUCCUGGGCCGGGUUCAGAGGAGAGGCUACCCAGGCGCCAUCACCACACGCGGACUGGGAGUCGAGGAGGAGGGCAGUCCGAACACAGGAAGCCAAGGUCACAUCGAAAGAAUGCUGAAGAUGGUGAGGAAGGUGGGGGAGGAGCUGGAAAAUCUGGAAGACAUAAGAACAAAGGAGUGGAUGGGAGUGGGGAAGGAGGAGAGCAUGAGCGAGCAGGCAAUGGCGGUGAGAAGAGGUCAAGAAGAAGCCGGCGUGGAAGCCAAACAGAGGGCGAGGGGAAGCGGAUGUGCUCACACAGAAGGAAGGACUGCAGUGUGCCAAACCUAUCUACCACACGGCCCAUCCAAAAGAGUCUCUCAAGGCAGAAUAGCCAGUACAGUGAGGACAUGGACAACCUCAUGAACACCAAACUGGUGUCUGGUUCUACACCACCUAGCGAGGGUCGCCCCUAUCCAGUGGCCAGUCACACUGUCACCCCUGGAUUUGGAUCUGCCCUUCAUCUUGCUAACAGUGGCACUCGUGGAAGUUUGGUCACGUUAGAUAGUUAUGGGAAUGUCGGACAUCACCGUGCAAACAGUGUGAUCAGGCUGCCCCACCCUGAUUAUACUGCUGUGGACAUGCCCAUUUUUCCAUCCACCAAUGCCAUACUGCAAGUUAAUAAAAAUGCCAACACUGAACCUCUGCCACCUCCUACAAAUGAUGAUGAGGAAGGAGGGGAAGGAGGGCCUAGGCCCAUGCCUCCAUAUAGCUCCAUGUUCAUCUUCUCGACCACCAAUCCGUUUCGACGAGCAUGCCAUUACAUUUGCACCCUGCGUUAUUUUGAGAUGUGCAUCCUGCUGGUCAUUGCAAUGAGCAGUAUUGCCCUGGCAGCUGAAGACCCUGUUUCGCCCAAUUCCCCUCGAAACGAUGUUCUGCGCUAUUUUGACUACGUCUUUACAGGAGUUUUUACUUUUGAGAUGUUAGUAAAGAUGGUGGAUCUGGGGUUGGUCUUGCACCAGGGCUCUUAUUUCCGGGACUUGUGGAACAUCCUUGACUUUAUAGUGGUUAGUGGUGCUCUGGUGGCCUACGCCUACGCCUUAGCGGGGAACAGCAAGGGAAAAGACAUCAGCACCAUCAAGUCGCUGAGGGUACUGAGAGUGCUACGACCUCUAAAGACUAUUAAACGACUUCCCAAACUCAAGGCUGUGUUUGACUGUGUGGUGAACUCUCUAAAGAAUGUGCUCAACAUCCUGAUCGUCUAUUUACUCUUCAUGUUCAUCUUUGCUGUGGUUGCUGUGCAGCUCUUCAAGGGGCGUUUUUUUUACUGCACUGAUGAAUCCAAAGAAUUUGAGCGCGACUGCAGAGGCGAGUAUCUGGUGUACGAACGUGAUAACGAAGUGAGGGCGCAGAAGCGGGAGUGGAAGAAGUACGAUUUCCACUACGACAAUGUGGCUUGGGCCCUUCUCACCCUCUUCACUGUCUCUACUGGAGAGGGGUGGCCGCAGGUGCUGAAACACUCGGUCGAUGCGACUUACGAGAAUCAGGGCCCAAGUCCAGGAUACCGGAUGGAGAUGUCCAUCUUUUACGUGGUGUACUUCGUGGUCUUCCCCUUCUUCUUCGUCAACAUCUUCGUAGCUCUCAUUAUCAUCACCUUCCAGGAACAAGGCGACAAGAUGAUGGAAGAUUACAGUUUAGAAAAGAAUGAGAGAGCCUGUAUAGACUUUGCCAUCAACGCCAAGCCUCUGACACGCCACAUGCCACAAAACAAGCUAAGCUUUCAGUACCGUAUGUGGGAGUUUGUGGUGUCACCGCCAUUUGAAUAUACCAUCAUGGCGAUGAUCGCGCUCAACACAAUCGUGCUGAUGAUGAAGUAUUACGGAGCCUCCGACACCUAUGAAGCUGUGUUAGCCAACCUGAACAUAGUGUUUACUUCCCUCUUCUCCAUGGAGUGUGUACUCAAGAUCAUCGCCUUUGGAGCACUGAAUUAUUUCAAAGAUGCCUGGAAUAUUUUUGACUGUGUGACAGUUCUGGGCAGCAUUACAGACAUCCUCGUUACUGAGCUUGGGAAUAAUUUCAUCAACCUAAGUUUCCUAAGGCUGUUCAGAGCAGCUCGUCUCAUCAAGCUGCUGAGACAGGGAGAAACCAUUCGAAUCUUGCUCUGGACCUUCGUUCAGUCUUUCAAGGCACUGCCUUAUGUUUGCCUCCUCAUUGCCAUGCUGUUUUUCAUCUACGCCAUCAUUGGGAUGCAGCUGUUUGGGAAUAUUGCAACUGAAGAAAAUGGAGACAGUGCCAUCAACCAACAUAACAACUUCAAGACCUUUGUAGAGGCUCUUAUGCUUCUCUUUAGGAGUGCAACGGGUGAGGCAUGGCACGAGAUCAUGUUGGCGUGUCUUGGGGGUAAGGAAUGUGACCCCAAGUCAGGGAAUUCAGAUCCAGAUUGUGGCAGCCAGUUUGCCUACCUCUACUUUGUGUCGUUCAUCUUCUUCUGUUCAUUCUUGAUGCUGAAUCUGUUUGUAGCUGUUAUCAUGGACAACUUUGAGUACCUGACUAGAGAUUCAUCCAUACUAGGACCUCACCAUUUGGAUGAGUAUGUCAGGAUAUGGGCGGAGUAUGACCCUGCUGCCUGCGGGCGCAUACAUUAUAAGGACAUGUACAGUUUAUUACGAGUUAUCGACCCGCCUCUUGGCUUAGGCAAGAAAUGCCCCCAUAGGGUGGCCUGCAAGAGAUUGCUCCGUAUGGAUCUGCCCGUGGCCGACGACAACACGGUCCACUUCAACUCCACUCUCAUGGCCUUGAUCCGCACAGCGCUGGACAUAAAGAUUGCCAAGGGUGGUAUCGACAAACACCAGAUGGAUGCAGAGCUAAGGAAAGAGAUGAUGGCAAUCUGGCCCAACCUCUCCCAGAAGCAUCUGGAUUUGCUGGUGACACCACACAAGUCGACCGAUCUGACAGUGGGGAAAAUCUAUGCCGCCAUGAUGAUCAUGGAGUACUACCGGCAGAGCAAGAUCAAACGUUCCCAGGCUCUUCGUGAUGAGCAGAAUCGAACGCCAUUACUAUUUCAGCGCGUGGAGCCACCUACCCCCUCCCAGGAUGGGGGUCCGGGACUUAACAAUGCCCUGCCUCCUCCUGAGAUGACAGACACCACCAACAGCCUGCCAGUGGAGGGAGGUGUCCCGGAAAGCCAGUCGUGGGUGACGGCUCGCGCUCAGGAAAUGUCUCAGAAGGUUGGCAGCUGGAGCCCUGAGGGACACCCUGUGGAUGGCCUGGGAAGCAUGACCAACUCUCAGACGGUAGAGAUGAGAGAGAUGGGGCAGGAUGGUUACUCGGAUACUGAGCACUUUCCACCAAUGGAAGGCCACGGCAGGGCCGCUUCCAUGCCCCGCCUCCCAGGCGACAACCAACAGCGGAGGAAAGGGAAGCAACGUGGCAGUAACCUCAGUACCAUCAAUGACAGCAGUCCAAUGAAACGCUCCGCCUCCUCCCUGGGCCACAGCAGGUCUGGGCGUGGUCACAGAGACAAAGGAGGGGCAGACGACUACAACAUGGAGCAUGCAAUCCCAGAAGAGGGAAGAAGUUCCAGACACGGACACCGGCGAAAAGACCGGAGCCAUCGGGCAUCUGAGAGGUCCCUCUGUCGCUACACUGAGGCUGACACAGGCCUGGGCACAGACCUAAGCACAACCACUCAGUCUGGCGACCUCACGUCAAAAGACAAGGAUCGAGACAGGGAUCGCGGCCGUUCCAAAGACCGUAAGCACCACCACCAUCAUCACCAUCACCACGGCUCUGUGGACAAGGAGCGCUAUGUAGCAGAACGAGGAGGCGAGUACGUCCACAGGCACUCUCGCGACCGUGACCGGGAGCGAGAAAGGGACCGGCGCUGGUCGCGAUCUCCCAGCGAGGGUCGCGAUUGCGUGACACACAGACAGGGCAGUAGUUCAGUCAGCGGAAGCCCUGUCCCCUCAACCUCGGGGACCAGUACACCACGGCGGGGCCGUCGGCAGUUGCCUCAGACCCCGGCAACACCCCGGCCCCAUGUUACUUACUCCCCUGUAGUCCGUAAGGCUAUGCCCACACCUCCUGGGGUGGCACAAGGCAGACCCUCAGCCCCAGCUCCUGCCCCUCGCCGCUUUUCUCCAGAGCCUUCCCAAGGCCAGGGUCCUCCCCCUGCUGGCCUUCAGCUGGGCCACCAUGGCACACCACGUCAUCAGCCCCCACUGCGCUGGGGAGACACAGGUGGAGGAGGGGGCUCCAUAGAAGGGGAUGGAUGUUUCUACAACCAGGACUACCAGGACUACGAGCCCCAUCAUGAACCACCUGCCUAUGAGCCAAACCCCGUGCAGGGGGGCAACCCGCACCCUCAUGCCAACCACCCACUGCCACCUCCCUCACAACCACAGCAGCAUAACCCCCAUCCCCUACCUCCCCCACAGCCACACCCAGUCAACAACCCCCAUCCUCAGCCCAGCCGAACCUCGCCUAGAACUGUUCAUCACGCGCCUCCGCCAACAACGGCUCUGACAGGGCCUGUGCAGGGCCAAGUUCAGUCUGCUGCCCAGCGCCGGCUACCCAACGGCUACCGUUCUUCAUCACCUUCCACACAUGUCCACGGACCCCCACACACUGGGCCCCACAAGGUCCCUCCUCCGGCUGGGCAUCCAAGGGGUCCUCGCAAAGGCCUGCAUGAACCCUACAGUGAAACGGAGGAUGACGAUUGGUGCUAGCCUCUGGGGAAGGGGGUGGGACUUAACAAGGAAAAAAAAAUUUAAAUACCGAAAGAAGAUGAGCCAGAGCACUGACUGCCAAGGGAAAAAAAUAUAAACUUUUCUUUCUUGUCUGUUCGAUUUGUUUUUCCCUCUCCUCCACUGCUGUCUAAGUGACGGUGAGCUACAUGAAACAACCGGUGUCAUGGGAUGGAACAAGAAUGCAGAGACAGAAUCUGGAGAUCCAAAAGCGAUACGAGGAGGUAACGAAACACCUCCGCGUUCUGCUCGCGUCUUGUCGAUCAUUUCUUUUGAUGCCAAAUGAGACCAAACUGGAGGAGCGUCAGACACUAGUCUUUGUGUCUUAAAUUAUGCCUCUGGCCAUGAGCUAUAGCCACUUACAAGAUGUCAAGAGUUGCGACUCGACAAAAGACACUUUACAGUCAGAGACAAAAAUGAGCGACCUCUUUUUUGUUGUUGUUGUUGUUUGUUUGUUUUCUUUGCUUCUCUGAGCUAACUUCUGUUAAGUUAGCUGCAAAAAGAUUUCAAACCAACCCUCCCAGCCACCAGUUGAAUAUUGAUGAGUUUUAUCAUCUGUGUUUUUAAAUACAAAAUAAACCUGACACGGAGCCCUCCACCUGUAAGAGGUGAGGGAGGCUAAGUGGGUGGGAGAGUUGGGGAGUGUUGCACAGGGGUCGACGAGUCCCUCCGUGGACACCUGGAGGAGAGGAUGGGUGCGUCUGGGGAUGUUUACCCCAGUUACUGGAGAGAUUGCACUCCUCCCAGAAACAAUUUAACCAACCUCAACCUAUGACCUAUGAGAGGAAAAAAAAUAGUGGAGGAUGGGUUUCAGAAACAGAGAAACAAACUGUUUUCUGCAGUAUUUCUUCUACUCCUGGAGCUGCUUCUUCUUCCUCCUUCUCUUCUACUUCUUCAAAACAUUGAAGCUUGAAUCUUCUGUUGCACCCCCACACAGCUUCGUUUUUUGUAGACUUGCAGAGUUGUACACUCUAUGGAAUCCUGCAUGAAUGAUACAAAAGAAUACUAAUAAUAGCAACACUGAGAAUCUACUGUCUGCAGAGGGAAAAUGUUCUUCAGUCCUGUUUUUUUGUUAUGGUCUGCAGGGUUUCUCUCUCUUUUUUUUUAUUUAUGAUUAAAAGUGCUUUCUGUUUUUCUCUCUCUCUCCUCUGAAUGACAUUCCUCUCUCUGUACCUUCACAUACGCUAAAAACACCAGUGGCCCAAAAGUUACAUGGAGAUUGGAUAGUUACUGUAUGUAUAUCUAGAGGGAACAAAAUAUCUCUUCUGCUUGCUGGUCUACUGUCUAUUCCGUGCCAAAUGCCUGCCAUUGAUACAGCUGGAAUUGUACUUAUUUUUGUGGAAGUUACCUUUUUUUGUAAUUAACCCUAAAAAAUGGUUUAAUGGGACGCAGGGUAUAAACAUGGAUACGGUGAAUUAUGUCUGACAAAUCAGUAACAUCUCAAAAGUCUUCCAGGGUGUGGGGUUAACACAGAGGCAGCAGAAAGAGACCAAUAGAAAUGUGCAGAAAGGAGAGAAACUCUUCAUCGUUGUUUUCUUUGUUGCUGAACAUAUUAAGGGAUAAACUUAUACCAUUGUUUGUAAAGAUCAUGAUGAGCGUGAGAAUGAGGCGAGUUCUCCAUAUUUGGUCUUAUAUUUUCUUCUAUGUGUUUGUUUUUUAUUUGAUCUUUGAAGAUUUGAAAAUAAUCCUUUUUCCAACCCUUGGGUGGCGCUGGAACACACCACUACACUGUGGGAGAAUGAGUUAUCAGGAGGACAGAGCUGUCCUCUUACUCUGAGUCUUCUUCAAAGUUAAUAACUAUUUGAAAUUUGUACAUCAAAAUGCAUUGAAUUGCAGGUCUUACAAUCCACUUGCCAUCGCCUUUGACCUACAGAUGGCGCUGUGUGACAAAUAGUGUCCCGGUCUAUUCACUUCUGACUCAAAGUUAUACAGUGAGUGCACCAAAAAUGCAGUUUAGCUCAUUCUCUCGCUAGUAGACCGCCUUAUCUGUGUAAAAACGCAGGUGUGUGAGUCGUAUUGUAGCAGACGGGCUGGAGAAAGGAUGCCUGGGCCUCGCUGUAGUCCUAAAAAUCACCUGCGUUCUGUGCGUAUCACUCUUGUAUAAGUUUCAGUUCUCUCUGUGUGCCUCAAACUAACACUUGUCACUAACGCACACCACCGUCAGACCCAACAUUACUGUUAUUUUUUAUUUUAAGUUCCUUUUUUUUCUCAUUCUUUUACUUGACCCACAUCUUACCUGGAGGCCUAUCACAUGUUGACCAGAGAAUGCAUUGAAAAAAAAAAUAGAAAACACUGCCUAUUAGUGUCUUUCCAACCUCAGUGGAAUGUCACAAAAAAUAUUUCUCACAUCACUACAUGUAAAAUUAGAAAGCACACUAAGGUAUGUAGCUCCUGGUUGUGGUGUGUGUCUGUGGGUUUUUGCGUGUAUGUAUGCACACGGGUGGGUGUGUUUCAAAUAAAAUUACGUUUUGUUUUUCUGAAUGCUUUUUUAAAAAUUCUCCAGAACUCUUCUGAAAUCUUAAGACAUUCAAGUCAAAUCAUUGUAACGACCUUCAGCUCUGUGGUUGUGCGUGUGCGUGCGUGUGUGUGUGUGUGUGUGUGUGAUGUCAGUAAAGCCCCUCCCACCUGCCCCCACCUCUGAAUGGAACGUGCAAAGCCCCAAAAUGUUCACCUUCCAUCUUUGUGUAUAUGCUGCAGUAAAAUCCACUAACACGCUGAUUAACCACACAAAGUCUUCAAAAAGCAAUGUAAAGUCGCUACUGGGAGAAAAAAUAAAUAAAUAAAAAAAUGUUUUUUGUUUUUUUUUUUCUUUUUGUUCGUUUUUCAAGUAUAAAAGAUUUUAAAAAAGGAAAAAAUAUCUAGUUCCAGAAAUGCAUGUGCUAUGUGCAUGCCACACCGUGGGUUAAAAAGUCAUCUUCAGGACAUAAAAGAAAAAGCAGAUUAAUUAAUUCAGAGGAAUUUAAAAAAAAGAAAAAAGUGAUAUAUAAAUAGAUAGAUGUUUUUAAAAAGCAAUGUUUCCUUUUUUCCUUCUAUUUUUGAAAACAAAAAAUGUUUUAAAAACUUAAAAAAAAUCUAAAGAGUAAAACCACAAAAAAGAGACUUUGGUGAGAGUCAAAGUCCUGUUUGUUUUUCUUCUGUUACAUGGGGUUGAGGCACAGCACAACCAUGUUCAGGACACCAUGUGAAAAAAAAAAGAAAGAACUGUUUUUAAUUUAACAGAAAAAAUAAAAAUAUAAAGAAAGAAAAGAAAGUACAGUUCAGACGAUGGUGUAUUCUUCCUUAUACUUUUGUGUUGGGGGAGGGUCAAGGGAUGGAGGAGCUCGCCAAAACUGUUGAUGUACUUGUUAAAAACUGGCUGAUGGUCCUUUGAUCUCUCACUCACUCUCUAUUUUCUCUCUCUCUCUCGCUCUCUCUCUCUUUCUCUACCCUGUCUCUCUCACGCUCUUACCUGUCACACUCUCAGCCAGUCUCACCGCUAUUUCUACCAGUGCAUUUUGUAAUUCCAAACAGAAACUCUUCCUAAAGAAUAAAAUCCAGAGAGAAUGCA